GACCGAAAUCAUGCGUUGGGCUACCUUCACUACUUUCAUUUCUGUUGCGACCGCGGCGCUGGCUUACGUCGGUCCUGGAGCGGUCACUGGAGAUACUGCAGUACACGAUCCCACAAUGUGCAAAGACUCGGCGGGAACAUACUUCGUCUUCUCCACUGCGGUUGGAAUCAAGAUCAUCACCUCCACGGACCGGACGGCCUGGACGAAUGAAGGCGUCGUGUGGCCUGAUGGUGCAUCAUGGACUGAUGAGUAUACUGGGACGAGCAACGGCAACCUGUGGGCCCCUGAUUGCACCUACGUGAACAAUCAGUUUAGGCUCUACUAUGCUGCCUCGUCAUUUGGGAGCCAAAAUUCCGCUAUCUUUUAUGCCACGUCAACGACUGGAUAUCAAGGCUCAUGGACGAACCACGGACUGAUUACUUCCUCCGAUUCCUCUGAUGAUUAUAACGCUAUUGAUCCAAACUUGUUCAUCGACCCCGACACCAACAAGUGGUGGCUUUCUUUGGGUUCCUUCUGGACCGGUAUCAAACUUACAGAAGUCAGCAACACCGGUGCACUUACUGGUACAACAAUCACGUCCAUCGCACAGCGGUCGGGAUCGAGCACAGCAAUCGAGGCAUCGGCUAUCUAUUCUUAUGGGGAUUAUUAUUAUCUCUUUACUUCAUGGGAUGCCUGCUGUGAAGGUACUUCCAGCACCUACAACAUUCGCGUCGGCCGUGCGACGAGUGUUGCCGGUACGUACUACGACGCGAAUGGAGUUAGUCUUCUCGAAAGUGGCGGCACUCUUGUGCUUGAGACCCACGAUAGUAUUUAUGGACCUGGAGGUCAAGACCUUUUCACAGACUCCGACGGACCUAUCCUGGUCUAUCACUACUAUACAUCGACUGGCAGCUACCUCGGCAUCAACCGCCUCGAUUUCUCUUCUGGAUGGCCUGUGGUUGCAUGAGCGCCACUGCGAGCUAUGUGUCGUUUAUACUUUGCCUUGCGUCUUCGAUCGAGUCGAAGAGCCGGAGUUUGGUUCGCGCUGUUGUUGCGUAUAUACCUCGUUUCUCGUUUCUCGUUUUCAAUGCUAUCAUGCCGUUAUCAA